AGCUUUACUCAGCUACAUUUCGUUAGUUGAUUUUUAGCGAUCGGGUUGCAAAUUGUUUGCUAGUGUUAACAGUGCGCAAUAAAAUAAAUAAACAAUCUGUCUGUAAACAGUCAUAUUUCAAAGAACUUUUAUUUUUGAAAAAAAUUAAUGAGACAUUUUACGAACAUUAGCAAGUGAAUUUAAAAAGAAAAAAAUUGAAAUUUUAAUUUAAAAAAAAUAACGACAUGCUAUCACGACGCAAGCAAGAUGAUAUUCCAAUUAAAAUUGGAGGCUGGGAUGGAAGAUUCGUCUAUGAAAAGCCAAAAUUGAAGCAAGGCUAUGAAUUGGUAAAACCAACACGCGGAACACUGGAGAAACAACAAUGGCAAGAAGGUAAAAAAGAAGUCAUCAGUAAGGCAAAGAGUCAGUCGGAAGAGACGACGACGACGACAACCACCACAACAACGUCAACAUCAUCGAACACUUCGGCACAAUCAAAAGAGCAUUAUAUUCGAGUUGAAUCGCGUGAAGAUCAACAUCACGACGAAUGCUAUGCUCAACAUCAACAACAGCAUGAUGAACGGUAUGAUCAAAAUCAAAAUGAGUAUGUGCAACGUGGCAAUGAUAAUGUACAAAGUCAAACAAAUUCGUAUCAACAACAUCAGCAACAAUAUGAGGAGCAACAACAACAACAGCAGCAAGAGCAACAAUAUCAGCAGCAACAGCAACAGCAACAACAACAACGAUACAAUCCACCAAAUUCAAAUCAACAACAAUAUGUCAACGAACGCGAAUAUAAUCAAUCCAAACAGGCCACAUCGGAUGGUGGUCAAAUGCAUGGCUACAACACGGAAACCGAAGUACUUCCGGCUACUUGGGAUGGCAAAUACCCUGAAGGAUAUCGUAACUAUCGUCCAAAUCCGCAAUUAAAUCAAUCGAAUACAAAUAAUCUGUACGGUCAUUGUGCUGAACCAACCGUAUUGCCUGCACAAUGGGAUGGCAAGUAUCCGGAUGGAUAUCGUAAUUAUCGACCAAAACCAGAUCAAAAUCGUUCGAAUACGGGCAAUUUGUACGGAUUUGAUACGUCGCCAACGGUGUUGCCCGUACAAUGGGAUGGGAAAUUUCAAAAAAGUGGUGAAACCUACCUUGUACCCGAGCGUAAUCAAUCAAAAACCAAUGAUUAUUAUGGUUAUGAUAAAACGCCAACCGUUUUACCAACCACUUGGAAUGGCCAAUUUCAAUUGGACCCAAAUGAUGUGCGCAUUAAACCAGAACGAAAUGCAUCCGAUGUACGAGAUUAUGCUGAUCAUCGUCGCUUUGUUACCCGAGAAUAGAUUUGCAGUCAUGUGUGUGGAGGUCGAGACAGGAACUUAUAAACGAAAUCAACCUUGAAUAUUCAGCUUUUGUUUUUCAAUACUAACCCGAUCACGAUCAGGCGCUCACGCUUUUAAACACACACACACACAAACACAAAUCGAUGAUAUAGUCUUACCAUAAAACACACAUGCACACACAAGCACGCGUGAACGUCAAUUUGCUCAUCGGUUAUAUUUAUUUUAAUUUCACCAUUUUAAUUAACUAAUCUCUAUAGACUUUGGAUCAAAAAAAAAUUUUUAUUCCGUUCCAGAACCAAAUACGACCCACGCAUUUUAUUUUUAUAUUUUAAAUUGCAAAACAAUCAGGAACAUUAUAAUUUAAACAAUUUCGUCGUAAUUUUUUUUUCUUUGUUCCCUCGCACAUUCGAUGUUUUCAUUUCAUUAAUAGUUAAAUCAGAAUUCAAUCGAAUAACAAACGAUAUUGAAUGAGCUCAAACAAAAACAUUGUGAUAUACUCCAAAAUAUCGGUUAUACAUUUUGUUAAUCAAUUGAACGUUUAUUUUUUGCUUGUUUCUCUUUCUGUAUUAUUCUUAAAUUGUUUAGCUCGUUGUUUUUUGAUACAAAAUUUGGAUUCGAUUAGGCAAUUUUAUUUUUUAUUUGUUUGUUUUUGUUUUCAGUGUUCAAAAUUUACAAUUCCAAAAUUCGAUGAUAUAAAUGAAGACAUUCUUAAUGACUUAUAACUGUAAUUCAUCUAGUUUUGUUUAAAAAAGAAGAAGAAAAUAAAAAAAAAUAUUCAUCUAACACCAAA